CUAUAGCGCGUGUUCCCGCCCAGGCCGGUGUAGUUCAACUCAUUGUAGGUUUUGUUGUUGUUGUUGUUUUGUUUGUUUUUUUUUUCGUUUUUUCUUUUUUGCCUACUGGCCAGCAUUUGAAAGCAAUGCGAAGGUGGAAGGGAGCCACAAUGCAAAAAUUACACAAAAAUCGGGGCGGGGCAAAGGAGCUACAGUUACGCAAGAGAAUUAGUUGCCCAAGUUUCGGCUCAAAGUUUGGAAGACCAGGUGCGUUUUUCUCACUCGUCAGGGGAGGAGGAAAUGCCCAGGGAGAAGGACAUUUUUAAACGUCUGUGAUUCUGCAAGAUGGGCAUCAUGGAGUUAUUCUCAUCAUUAGUCAUCGCCGUCCUGGGAAGCUGUGUUCUUUUCUUAUACUUUCGAUUGAAGAAUUUGCGCGGACCCCCGUGCAUCCAGGGCUGGAUUCCCUGGUUCGGAGCGGGAUUUGAGUUUGGGAAAGCCCCUCUUGAAUUUAUAGAAAAAGCAAGAAUCAAGUAUGGACCAAUAUUUACCGUCUUUGCUAUGGGGAACCGAAUGACCUUUGUUACCGAAGAAGAAGGAAUCGAUGUGUUUCUAAAAUCAAAACAUGUAGAUUUUGAACUAGCUGUGCAAAAUCCUGUCUAUCACACCGCACAGAUUCCAAAGAAUGUCUUUUUUAAACUGCAUGAAAGACUAUAUGUCUUGAUGAAGGGCAAGAUGGGUACUUUCAGCAUACAUCAGUUUAUUGGGCAGCUGACUGAGGAAAUUCAUGAGCAACUGGAAGAUUUAGGCACUCAUGGGACAAUGGACCUGGACAACUUUGUAAGGCAUCUUCUUUAUCCAGCCACGGUCAAUACUCUCUUUAAGAAAGGGUUGUUUCUCACAGACGAGAGGAAAAUCAAGGAGUUCUACCAGCAUUUUAAAACUUACGAUGACAGUUUUGAGUAUGGAUCCCAGCUGCCGGAAUGGCUCCUGAGAAACUGGUCAAAGUCCAAAAGAUGGCUCCUGGCGCUGUUUGAGAAAAAUAUUGAGGAAAUGAAAGCUCAGGAGUCUGCAGGUCAUUCUGGGACCCUGGUGCAGGCCAUACUGGAUACUGUGGAAAUGGAAUCAUGUCAACACAGUCCUAACUAUGGACUCCUGAUACUUUGGGCUUCUCUGGCCAACGCUCCUCUUAUUGCGUUCUGGACACUCGGGUUUGUCCUGUCUCAUCCCGACAUCCACAGGACCGUUUUAGAAGGCAUAGCUUCCGUGUUUGGCACUGCAGGUAAAGAUAAGAUGAAAGUGUCGGACGGAGACUUGAAGAAGCUCCUUUUCAUUAAGUGGUGUGUUCUGGAAGCCAUCCGCCUGAGAGCCCCUGGUGUCGUUACUCGGAAAGUCGUGAAGCCAGUUAAAAUUCUGAGUCAUACAGUUCCUUCUGGUGAUCUGUUGAUGUUGUCUCCAUUCUGGCUACACAGAAAUCCAAAAUAUUUUCCUGAACCUGACUCAUUCAAACCUGAACGCUGGAAAGAGGCAAAUUUAGAUAAGAAUGCUUUCUUGGACGGCUUUGUGGCUUUUGGAAGCGGGAAGUUCCAGUGUCCUGGAAGGUGGUUUGCUCUGUUAGAGAUCCAAAUAUGCAUUAUCUUAGUGCUUUAUAAAUACGACUGCACUCUUCUGGACCCAUUACCAAAGCAGAGUUGUCUCCAUUUGGUGGGUGUCCCCCAGCCAGAAGGGAAAUGCCGAAUUGAAUAUAAACAAAGAACAUGAUAUCCGUUGGGGCUCAAGAGGGUCAGAACCUUCGAGAAGAAUGAAGUAACCCGGCUCCUGCCCUCCAAGCAUCUUGACCUGAAGACAUCCUAGUGGCACACGUGUUUCUUAUCUGAAGACCAUGCAUCCGAUCCCACUGUCAGGAACAUAGAAACCCCAAUUCAUGGUUUAGAGAAUGGGUUCAAAUGAUUGUUUAAAAGCUAAUUUUUUUUAAAAAAAAAGUUGGAAUUUGACUUCAUAUAUGACCAUAUCAAAACUUCAAGUAGAAAUGUCAUUUGAAUAGAAAUAUUGGUACAUUAAAUUCACUGUGAAGGCAACAUUCUUAAAAUUCUAUUUUGUAAA